AUGUCGGCUGAAACUGAAGAGGCAAGAUCGGAUAGAAAGCAGACUGGUCCACCGGCACCCGUUGGAUUCUUCGACCCUUCAUUGAAUGAAGUGCGGAAGCGCGUGUUCUAUCAAUAUGCUCGAACAGUUUUCAUCCUGUGCGUCUUCGUCUUGGGUGUCCUCUCUAUCUUCUGGGGCUCCCAAUUUACCACCGAAGCCAAAUACCCCAACCUCCAUGUUUGGGUCGUCGACUUCGACGGCCAAGUCGAGCCAUACCUCACCAACGACACCGUCGUCGGACCAGCCGUCAUCAACGUGACCAAGGAAUACGAAUCCUCAUCCAGCCUCCACCUAGGCUACCACUUCAAAUCCGCCGCAGACUUCAACUAUGACCCUUGGGCAGUCCGCCAAGCAGUCUACGACGAACACGCCUACGCCGCCGUCAUAAUCAACCCAAACGCCACCUCCCUCCUCCGCGCCGCAAUGACCACAAACAACAAAACCUACGACCCAACAGGCGCCCUCCAAACAAUAAUUAUCUCCGCCCGCGACGAAGGAACAUAUUACAACUACAUCCUCCCCGACCUAACAAUCCUCCAAUCCCUGAUCCUAUCAUCCUUCGGCCCGCAGUGGACCAGCUCCCUCCUCUCCACAAACACAAACCUAUCCACAAUCCCGCCACAAACCAUAAACCCCGCCAUCGGAUUCACAAACAUAGAUCUCCGCCCCUUCACGCCCGCCGUCGCCGCCCCGGCCGUCUCAAUAGGCCUCAUCUACCUCAUAAUCAUCUCAUUCUUCAACUUCCCCUUCCUAAUGCCCGUUCAUGCCCAAUUCAUCAAACCAGAAGGCCACCCCCCUCUCAAAAUCCCACAUUGGCUUCUCUGGCGCGUUUUAAGCAGUAUAACAGCAUACUUCUUCCUUUCACUCUUCUACUCUCUCGUUUCCCUCGCUUUUCAAAUCCCCUUCUCCAAUUCCCCGGCACCGGACACUGUAUCUGCAAAUAACCCAAAUGCGUACGGGCAUGGCUCGUUUGUGGUUUUCUGGAUGUUGAAUUGGGUGGGGAUGACAGCUCUGGGAAUCCCUUGUGAGAAUAUGGCGAUGGUGCUAGGAUUCCCUUGGAGUUCGUUCUUCUUGAUUUUCUGGGUUAUUACGAAUGUUGCUACGGGCUUUUAUCCGUUGGAUUUGGCGUCAACCUUUUAUCGCUGGGGCUAUGCUUGGCCGUUGCAUCGGAUUGUGGAGGCGCUGAGGACUAUUUUGUUCGGGACUCAUUCGAGGAUUGGGCUGGAUUUCGGGGUUUUGUUCAUUUGGAUUGCCGUUUCGCUCGCAUUCUUCCCCGUUGCUACGCUUAUUAUGCGGUGGAAGAUGAAGCGGGGGCUAUGA